GAACUGAACCUUUACCUCACAACAAUGGCGGCUGAGCCCUGGUGCCCCCUGUGCCCCAUCAGCCAUGGCGGUCAGCGCUACCUGUGCCUGUACAGGAUCCAGCCUGGCAACAACAUCAGGAUACAUGUGACUAAUGGCAAUGAAGUGUGGAGGACGGACCCCAUAGAGGAGGCCCUGGAGGAAUGGGAUGCGGUUCGUAAUGUGACGUCACAUGAACUUGUAGACAAAUUACGGGAGAAGUUCCAAAACAGCUCCCCGGGUCUGGAAAUGCAGGGCAGCAUCGCGAGCAUGUCCUUCCAGGUGGAUUCUAAGAAGGUCUCGCUGGAUCUCUUGAAGCUUCCGGUGUCCGAGGCGCGAGCGCAGGUGCAGGAGGUUUUGUUCGAUUUGUCCGAUCGUGUGACAAGUUUAGAGGUGCUUCUUAAAGACAAAGAGGGAAUCUCCGCUACAUCCCUCAGUCCUGUUAAGCAAUCGCAAAAGAACCAGAUGCUCCUUAUUCCAGAUGUUUCCGCUCGAAGGCGAGGUAAUGGGGGGUCUUCGGCACAGGUGAAGAAGAGGCUCCCCGGGGAAUCUAUUAUAAAUCCCGGCUGUAAGAGCAAAAAAGCGGCCAAAGGUGUCGCUUUUGAAGAAUCCUGAGGACUUGUUGUCGACCGUGCAGGAUCGAUGACGCCUUCUCAGCCAUUUUGUAAACUCUCGCAGACUAUGGCGACUAGACAAAGGAAUCUGCAAGUCAAUAAAGUAGAAAAGCUUCAUGUUUUAUUGGAAAAGGGCUACACGGCGGCAUUUGACCGCCAACCAAUUGCGGGAAAAUUUGGGCAUUUAUUGGAGCCUCACUCACGGUUUUCCUUGUGGUAUUGGCGCAUUUAUUUUUCUGUGACCUGCGGAUGAACAAAAGCUGCCAUGGAGCUAACUCUUUACUUUUACGCUGGUUUUUGGCCACGAAGACGAACGCUACUAUUGUAAGUGCGACAAUUAUGACGUUGAGGGGAUCACGAAAUUGUGACGUGGCGCCGAGAAGGGAAAUGUAAAGCUGUUACUAUGGCAACUGACAUGGAAAACCACAGGCGGACUUUUUCAUUAUGGCUUGAGUUUUCUAUAUUGAAGGGAAUUUAUCAUAUCAUUUCCCUAUUUUUUUAUUUAUUUUUUAUAUCUGAAAAUGUAUUUUUGAUAAAUAUAAUUGAUAAUUCCCCUCAUUGUGUAAAAUGACAAAACUGGAAUAAUAAAAAUGAAAUAUGAAAUUUAUUUGUCUAUGCAGCUUCAGCCAACAAAAUGGCUGCUGGCCGUCCUGUGAAGGAAUGCCGCAGGCAUAAAAUGGAGGAAAUGUCCAGAACGGCCAAUCACAUUUGGGGAGAUUUAUCAAAACCAGUGCAGAGGAAAAGUUGCCCAGUUGCCCAUAGCAACCAAUCAAUUCACUGCUUUCAUUUUUAACAAGGCCUCUGAAAAAUGAAAGAAGCAAUCUGAUUGGUUGCCAUGGGCAACUGGGCAACUUUUCCUUUGCACAGGUUUUGAUAAAUCUCCCCCAUUGUUCCUUUAAUUUGGAGUGAUCUGCCAUAACAAAAUGAAAGCUGGGUUCUGAUUGGUUGCUAUGGGCAGCCAUAGCAACCACAUUUGUGCGCCUAGUUUAGACAGCUGCAGAGUCAAUUAGGAAUGAACAGUGACACCUACAGGUUAGUCUGCAGCAGUGCAGCGAUAGAAAAUAGAAUUCGAUGAACGCGGCGCAGUCAUGUGACUUUGUUUUAAAACCUUUUUUAUUUACAAUAUUACAUUUUUUUUUAGCAACUAAACAGUUAAAUACAUUCCAUUUACAUCAAAGCACAAUGAAAAAAAUAUAAAGAGCGCGAUAAGCUUGUACAGCUGAUAUAUGCGCAACUACUAAAAAUCGCCCACGUAACUUAAGGCUUACAUUUUUUAUAUUAAGCGGCUAUUAGUAGCUUAAUAUAGCUCCAGAGGGAGUGCGUGUAAUGUAGCGGCGACAGCCAUUUUGGAACCUGGACCUUUAUCUUAUUUUGUUCAUAUUAGUACCUAGUGACUCUCUUUAAAUAAAAAAGUUACAAAAUGGCGUCUGCUCCCAUGUUUGGAUGGAGGGAAUAGAUUCAAAAUGACCUCUUAUUGUGCGAUGCAUAGAGCUGGGCGCCAUUUUCAGAACGUAAUGUAAUAUUACCAUAAAAUGGCUGCUAUCGUAAUACUUGACAUAUUUAAUAUUUUAUUGUAUGAAAUAACUUUUUUUAUAUUUUUUUUAUAGUAUUUUUAAACUUAUAUUUUUGAGGCAAGAAAUUGGGUGAACACCAGUUUCUAUGAUUUUUUCCAAAAAUCGUUAAUUCUUUUAUGUGAUGCAGGUUUUAUGGGUACAGUCUCUUUAUGAAUAAAUAUUUAUUUUGUA